AUGAAGAAGAAUGCCUUUGGCCUGGACAAGCUGUGGAAGGGCCAAGAGGAGACCCAUCAGCUGCUAAUCAACCUGCUAAUCACCAAGGUCAAUUUGCAGCACAGCAUGGAGCAGGAUGAUGUCACCAACCUGGUGCAAGUCAAAGUUGCCCACAUCUACUUCAACAUCACAAAGGUCAAGCAAGGCAAUGGCAACAAGCUCCAACUUGAAUUCAUCAAGCAGGUCAAGGAGAAGGAAAAAGUGAAGCUAUCAGCCAGCAUGAAGAAUUGGAUCAGCAAGAGCUUCAUUCCAGCACUGAAGCCAGUGAAGAAGCCAGCUGAGUUCAAGGCAAAAGUGACAGUUGAUAAACAAUUCAGGGAUACACUCAUUCAGAUGGCCUUCAGAAUGGCAAACGAGUGGGUGUUUGAGGACCCCUUGCAUCCUCCCACUGAGCCCAGCCAUUCUAAGUGA